AGUACGUCCACACCCAGCUCAUAUCAAUGGCCGCUCUACCAUGGUUCAUCCGCACUCCCUUCUUCAUCCUCGUACUACUACUACUCUCCACCGUCUCAUCUUCUUCGUCUUCCCUCACCCCGGCCAACAGCAAUGGCGGCGACACCGACCUCGCCGCCCUGCUCGCCUUCAAAGCCCAGCUCUCCGAUCCUCUCCGCGUCCUGGCCCUCAACUGGACGACCGGCACGUCCUUCUGCCGCUGGGCCGGCGUCUCGUGCGGCCGACGCAGGCAGCGGGUCACCGCUCUAUGGCUGCCGAACACGCCCCUCAACGGAUCAGUGUCGCCGCACAUCGGUAAUCUCUCUUUCCUCUCCGUCCUCAACCUCGCCAACACCAACCUCACGGGCUCCAUUCCAGCAGAGCUUGGCAGGCUCCAUCGUCUUAGAUACCUCGUCGUUAGAGGCAACAGCCUCUCAAAUGCCAUACCAGCUUCCCUAGGCAACCUCACGCGACUCGAUUUCCUUCACCUAGGUUUCAACAGACUCUCUGGCCAGAUCCCUCCUGAGAUGCUGCAACGUAUGCACAACCUCACGAUGAUUAGUCUGGCCGUCAAUGACUUGAGUGGCCAAAUACCACCGCAUUUGUUCAACAACACGCCCUCUUUGAGAGAAGUCUAUUUGGGAAAUAACAGCCUUUCAGGUCCUAUACCACACUCUAUUGCAUCCCUAUCCAUGCUUGAGAUCUUGGCCUUGCAUGUUAAUCAACUCUCUGGCGUGGUACCACAAGCCAUGUUCAACAUGUCAAAGUUGCAGGUCCUUGCAAUCGCAGGAAACUACAGACUAACUGGAAUGUUUUCGACCAAUCAAAGUUUUAGUCUCCCAAUGCUGCAAGUUAUCGACCUUGGUAACAACAAUUUUGUUGGCCGGUUUCCAUCGGGGCUUGCAACAUGCCAGUACCUAGAAAGAAUUUCUUUGGCUGGCAAUUCUUUUGUGGAUGUUGUGCCGACAUGGGUAGCCAAAUUGCCAAACCUGAAAAUUCUUCGAUUGGGUUCUAAUAACCUUGUGGGCUCGAUCCCAACUGCUCUUAGCAAUCUCACCGGUCUUACCACGCUAGCACUCGACUCUGGCAACCUAACAGGGGAGAUUCCACAAGAAUUGUCUCUUAUGCAGGAACUCUCGACUCUGGGUAUUUCAUCCAAUCAAUUGACAGGUGAAAUUCCGGCUUCCCUUGGUAACUUAUCCAAAUUGUCUGUUCUGACAUUGGAUAAUAAUCGGUUGUCCGGUCAAGUACCAACAACACUUGGAAAAAAUGGAGCUUUGAACAUGCUUCUUUUGGCACGUAACCAUUUAGAGGGGAACCUAGACUUCUUGUCAACUCUUUCCCAGUGCAGACGACUCCAAGUCCUUAUAAUAGGAGCUAACUCUUUCACAGGCGUCCUGCCUAGUCUUGUGGGAAACCUCAGUUCACGAUUAUAUGAGUUCAGUGCAUUUGAAAACCAGUUAAUAGGUGGACUCCCAGUAGAAAUUUCAAACCUAAGCAGCCUUGUACGGAUUGAUCUUAGUGACAACCUACUCACCAAGCCAGUCCCAGAAUCUACCGCGAUGUUGGAGAAUCUUGUAUAUCUUGAUCUCUCCAACAAUAACAUGUUAGGCCCUAUACCAACACAAAUGGGCAUGCUCAGGAGACUAGAGCGAGUUUCUUUCCGUGCAAACAAAUUAUCAGGCUCUAUACCAAGCAGCUUUGGUAAUCUUAGUUUGUUAGAAGAGAUCGACUUGUCGAGUAACCAGUUAAGUUCAAUGAUACCUUUGUGCUUUUUCCACCUAGAUAAACUUCUCAUACUAGAUCUCUCAAAUAAUUCCUUCACUGGUGCAGUGCCGGCCGAUGUUUCAUAUCUAAGACAAACAUAUCGAAUGGACCUUUCUUCCAACUUCUUGAUAGGAAGCAUCCCGGAAUCACUCGGACAACUUAACAUGCUAAUCGACUUAAAUCUAUCACACAACUUCUUCAAAGGCUUAAUUCCAAGCCCACUAGAAAAUUUAAAAAGCUUAGCAUCAUUAGACCUCUCAUUUAACAACCUCUCUGGUACCAUUCCCAUGUUCCUUGCCAAUUUUACCUACUUGACUAUCUUGAACCUCUCAUUCAAUAGUCUAGAAGGCCAAAUACCCGAGGGUGGUGUUUUCUCAAACCUCACGUUGCAAUCUUUGAUUGGGAAUGUUGGGCUAUGUGGCGCUCCACGCCUACAGUUUUCGCCAUGUCUUGACAUACCUCGCUCAAGUAACAAGCACUUCUUACCAAUUCUACUCCCAACGCUCACACUAGCUGUUGGCGUCAUUGUCAUUUCCCUAUACAUAUGGUUCAGAAAGAAACUUAAGAAGGGAGAGGACAUGGUUGCUGCCGAUCCAACUGAUGUCACAGGCCAUCAAAUAGUCUCCUAUCAUGAGCUCGUUCGUGCCACCAAUAGUUUCAGCGAAGAUAACAUUUUAGGUUGCGGAAGCUUUGGAAAAGUAUUCAAGGGCCAAUUGAGUACCGGUUUGGUGGUUGCAAUAAAAGUUCUUGACAUGCAGCUGGAGCAGGCCAUUCGAAGUUUUGAUGCUGAAUGUCGAGUGCUUCGCAUGGCGCGACACCGCAACCUGAUAAAGAUACUCAAUACAUGUUCAAAUCUGGAUUUCAGAGCGCUAGUGCUCCAGUACAUGCCGAAUGGAAACUUGGAGACACUCCUGCACCGAUCUCAGAGUUCAUGGCGCCUAGGGUUCCUUGAGAGACUAGGCAUCAUGCUCGACGUCUCGAUGGCAAUGGAGUAUUUGCACCAUGAGCAUUAUGAACUUAUCUUGCACUGUGACUUGAAGCCUAGCAAUGUGUUAUUUGACGAGGAUAUGACAGCGCAUGUGGCAGACUUUGGCAUUGCAAGGUUGAUUCUAGAGGACAACUCUAUGACAUGUGCGAGCAUGCCGGGAACAGUGGGAUACAUGGCUCCAGAAUACGGGUCUCUUGGGAAAGCAUCAUGGAAGAGCGAUGUGUUCAGUUAUGGAAUUAUGCUUCUUGAAGUGUUCACUGGAAGGAGACCCACUGAUGCUAUGUUCGGUGCACAACUAACCCUUAGGCAGUGGGUCCAUCAUGCAUUUCCUUCUGAGCUCAUCCAAGUCGUUGAUGGCCAGCUACUGCACGGCUCUUCUAUUUCUAGCUCCAGCUUGGAUGAUGGUUUUCUUGUGCCGGUCUUCGAGUUGGGAUUGCACUGCUCCAGCGACUUGCCUGAUCAAAGGAUGGCGAUGCGCGAUGUAGUCGUGACGCUGAAGAAGAUCAAAGCCGAGUACAUCAAAUUGACAGCAACCAUACCACAUUGUGGAACACAAUGAUUGAUAUCAGUGUGCUUGCUUAUGUCUCAUCUAUAACUAUGUAUAGAUGCGUCUGAUUCUACUUCUGCACUCAGAACACUCACAAAAGCAUUUGG